ACAACGCGGGAGUCACGUGGUCGCGCGGCCUCUUACGUCAUAAAUAGGCGCCGUUGAGGUUAACCGCCAGUUCAAAAUGGAGCCGAGCUCGGAGGAUAACUCAUCCCGAACAGCUGCGUUACUUUCCUCCGUUGUGAACCUGAGCGCAGCUCCAGCGUUCGGGGACCAGAUGUUCGAGCUGUACCGGCUCCAGGCGGCCCUGCUGAGGCGGAGGAGGGCGCGGGAGAUGAUGGAGCGGGACCGGCGGCGGCGGCAGUACCUGCGGCGGAGGAGGGCGUUCGUGCUGUCCUCCUUCGCUGCUAUUCUGAGCCUCAUCACAUCCACCACCAACAGACACAUCUGGGUCCGGAACCGAAGUCCCGGGCAGAACCUGUGGUCUUCGGCGGAAUCGUUCGACGACGAGCAGUGGAAGGCGCAGUUUCGCGUGUGCCGCGCGACGUUCGACUACCUGGUCGAACAGAUCGGACCGGCCAUCAAACGGCGUCGGACGAACUACCGGGUCCCCAUCGAGCCGCGCCGCAGACUGGCCAUCGCCCUGUGGUGGUUCGCCAGGUCCGGAGAGUACCGGUCCAUCGCCACCAUGUUCGGGGUGGGGAUCGCUACCGUGUGUGUGAUCGUGCGUCAGGUCACCUCGGCCAUCCUGGAGCGGCUGUACCAGCGCUGCGUGUCGCUCCCGAGCGGCCAGCGGCUGGACGACACCAUGAGAGCCUUCACGGACCGCUGCUACCCGCAGUGUGCGGGGGCCAUAGGGAGGACGCACAUCCCCAUCGCUCCUCCCAGAGACAACCCGGAUGACUACAUCAACAAGAGAGGCUGGCACUCGGUCACCCUGCAGGCUGUGGUCGACCACGACGUCUGCUUCACUGACAUCUACGCCGGCUGGCCUGGAAGCACCAGCAGCGCCGCCGUGCUGUCCAGCUCAGACCUGUACCUGAAGGCAGAGGACCGGCCGGACGGUUACCUGUUUCCCAGAGAGAAAUCAGUUGUGUUUGACGGAGUGGAAAUCCCAGUGCACCUCAUCGGCGACGCGUCGUUUCCUCUGAAGCCGUGGCUGAUGAAAGGAUACGGCCAGGAGCACCAGCUGACCCCUGAGCAGCGCCGCUUCACCUACACCCUCACCUCCGCCCGCUCCGUGGUGGACACGGCUUUCACACGCCUGAAAGGACGCUGGAGGUGCCUGCUGAAGAAGAGCGACAUCGACAUCUCCAUGAUGCCCAGAGUCGUGGCCGCGUGCUGCGUUCUGCACAACAUCUGCGAGAACCGCGGAGACACUUUCCUUCCUGAGUGGAACGUCGAUGUGGCUCCGGGUUCAGGUUUUCUGAGGCAGCCCGACACCGAGCCGUACGAAGGAGACACGUACUGCACUGCAGAGGUCAUCAGGGACACCAUGACCUACAACCUGUUGACGAUACUGCAGCACUGACGCCUGAGGACCUGCUGAGGUGCGGCCGCCGCUCAAAUCAACACGAAUCGCUUUGCUGCAUGUUGUUCAGCAGCAGACAGGAAGGACGAUGAGGAGCUCUUAGGCUCCGUUUUAAAACUGUUUGGGUUUACAGUCAAACCGAGUCUGAAGUUCGCUUUGGUUCACUAAAGAUGCUGAGCAUAAAAAAAUGCUUAAAAGGAGCAGUUCAGCAGUCAUUGUCUCCUCACAAUCAGGUGGUCUCCUCAUCCGCGAAACGUUUACGGACCGAAGGAGUGACGAGUUCAUUUCCACACCGUUUCUGCGUCACACAGUUCGUCCUCUGCAGCAGCAACACGUCUGGCUUCGGGCUCCUUCGCCGUCCAGCGGGCGAGAGGAGGUCGCCAGGCAGGUGCUGCCAGCUGAAGCUGAUGUGACAUUUAAUGAUCACAGGUGUGUGAGGGGGUUGACACAAGCUGCUGAACGACGUAAACACACUGUUGGAAAUCAUCUCAAGGAUCGUCCAACAGUGUUUUCACAAAUGAGGUCUCUGCACGAGACUUCCAGACUUCUUCCUUCAAAAGUUUUGUAUUUAUUUAUUAUAUUAUAUAAUAUAUUAUACGGUUUGUCUUCUGUGUGUGUGGCGGGGAAAUACAACUCGAGUUUUGUUACGCAGUCUUGUGUGAUUAAUUAAAUUAAUCUUGAGUCCUG